AUGUCGGCAAACAAGAGAGCCGCACCGACACAGGCGGCUUCCACGCCCGCGAAAACUCCCCGACACGAAACUUUCGAGCCUGGGGUCCACGUCAUCUUUCUUGGUGUCAGCCGUUACAAAGACAUCGGUGAAGAGGGUCACGACGCCAGAAUCCCCUGUGACCCAGCUGCGAGCUCAUUUGAGGCCGGCGACGUCCUAGGCAGUUUAACGCCUGAAAGACUGCAGCAACUGGAAGAUAGCCUAGGUCCUGGGCUUGUCAGCAACAUCGGCCCCAAAAAGAAACAAGAAAAUGGUCUAGCCGACUUGGCUGGUCGUAUUGCCAAGCUACAGAAGUCCAAAACCAAACUAAUCGAGCCGCAAUGGAAUGAACGCCUUGUUCUUCUUCAUCAACAGAUCGUCACGGUGCUCUGGGCCGAAAGAUCUCAACGUAUGACAAUUGAAUACCGCACGCUUGAGUGGAUCGAAGGACUUAUAAAACAAGGAGCCAACUCUCUCGCCGAUCAUGUGUUCGAAUACAGUCGGCCGGUUCUAUUCUACAUCCCACUCCAACGUCACGACUGGACCGUGCAUCCUCAUGUUCGCGAUCUUUAUGAAGCCCUCGACGCACUCCAGGCUUCACGUAGCGACAUCAGCGUAUUUCCAAACUACCAUGAGAAUUGGAAUUAUGGGUACAAGGCUGCCGACAUCAUGGCACUAGACACUAUCGCAAGGGAUGAAUCUACACCAGAAACGUACCGUCAUAGGCCCAAGACAUGCUUGGGCAUCGGAGCUUGCACACUAGCUGAACUGCAGGGGCCACAAUUUGUCAGAUUCGGGUUUGGCGACCGUGACGACUACAUACAAUAUGACGCAAAUCCGGAGGACAAUGAGUAUGUCCAUAGUCAGCCAAACACGCAGGGUUUCGCCAACAGGAGAGUCUUUCACCAACAAUUCUUUCCACCGUUUUCCGAAUGGGGCCAUAUACGUGUUUUGAUGAUUGACGACCAGAUUAUUGCUCGAGGUUUCUCUUCACGCAAUCAACAAACAAAGCAAUUUAAUACAUCGGCCCUUCGUCACGAUUGUCACUUCGAUUUUCGCGCCGCUGGUCUACGACAUCCAAAUACAGACCAAAGAGUGACUGAGAGACAAGAAGCAAAGCUAGAAGAACUCAACAACUUUUGCAAGUGGUGGCAGCAGCAACUCAAGACGCAAUAUCCUGACCUAUUCGAAUCGCUUGAUGUCGGGUGUGUCAUGAGGGUUGGCCUAUCGGAAGCAAGCCUCGAUGGAAAGUUCUUCAUCAUCGACAUUCAAAGAUGGUAUGCCUCUUCCUUCUGCAGCAUGGACUUGGUCGGUAAGCCAUUUGAUCAACUUUGCAGAGCAUUUGGUGAGCAGUUUGCACGGGUUCAUGGGUCCUUUGCGAAGUAUCUGCCUGGUAAUUGA